UUAUUGAUUUAUUUACUGAUUUGCCACCACUCCACCUUAAAACACUUUUUCUCAGCUGGGUAUACCUCGAGUCUAUAUUCCAAGUUUCAAAUCUCUAGUUUCGAGGACGUCUAAAGAGCAGUCGCCUUCAUACAAACCAACAGAUAGCCAGACAGGCAGAUAGCGUGACGGACAGUGCAUAAGCGGAUGUAGCCUUACACCUUCAGUAUUAGAGUGUAAACAUUAUUCGGCUUCUCCCCAUACAAGUCAAAGACUUGUUGCUGUCUAAUUGUUGUAUUUAUCGCAGACAACUUAUAUUUUGUUCGUUUAGUUGAUUCGCCAGCGCCAAAUAGUUAGUGUCGGUUCAGAAAUAAAUAUUCUCAUUUAUAAAAUGUCGGUUUCUUAAAUUUUUCAUUGUAAAGCCUAUUCUGUGUCUAAUUUAAAAAUGCGUGUUAUCAAUAUGGGAACACACUCCGCAGUAUACGCAGCGAGUGCUACAAAAUCACGUCCGUUUCUUAUGCUUAUGAUUGGCCUUAUCAUAGGUUAUUGUGUGGCCGAGCUCAUUUCCUACAUAACCAUAUCUGAAGACAUCGAACCCACCAACUUUCUGGCCAGUACAGACUCUAAUAUCCGUUCCCCGCCAUCCCAUGCUGAUGAUGUUAUACCACAUUUUGAUGUCCUUCGGCACGAUCAUCCAACCGAUAAUACCUCGCUGGCCGAUCAGCUAAAGAAGGAUGUGCGCAUUCUCUGCUGGGUUAUGACAAAUCCGAAUAACCACAAACUGAAGGCUCGUCAUGUUAAGCGCACUUGGGGCAAACGCUGUAAUAUUCUACUGUUCAUGAGCUCCGAAGCGGAUGAUGAACUGCCUACGGUGAAGCUGGAUGUGGGAGAGGGUCGAGAGAAUUUAUGGCGCAAGGUGAAGGAGGCCUUUAAAUAUGUUUACAGGCAUCAUUUCAACGAUGCGGAUUGGUUCUACAAAGCUGAUGAUGACACCUAUGCAGUGAUUGAGAAUUUGCGCUACAUGCUAUAUCCGUACAACCCGGAGACCCCUGUACACUUUGGCCACAAGUUCAAGCCUUACGUGGAUCAGGGUUACAUGUCAGGCGGAGGUGGCUAUGUAUUGAGUCGCGAAGCAUUACGUCGCUUCGUCGUUCAGGGUAUUCCCAAUCCCAAAAUGUGCCUGCCUGGCACAGUUGUCAAUGAGGAUAUCGAAAUUGGUAAAUGCAUGGAGAAUUUAAAUGUGACAGCUGGCGAUUCGCGUGAUAUCAAUGGUCGAGGACGUAUGUUCCCUUUUGAUCCUGAGGCCCAUUUAAUACCCAGUAAGGAUAAGGAGUUUUGGUAUUGGAAAUACCAAUUCUAUAAGUCAGACGAGGGUCUCGAUUGCUGUUCCGACAAUGCCAUAUCAUUUCAUUAUGUCUCACCCCAGCUGAUGUAUGUUCUCGAUUAUCUGAUAUAUCACUUAAAGCCAUAUGGAGUUGUAAGAGCUUCGCAACAGUUACCUGACAAACUGAAAGUGGGCGAGUUCUUGCCGCCACCAAAAGAAGAACCCGCCAAUAGCAAUGAGGAUUCCUUUGAUGAUGAUGAUCGAAUUGCCGUUCAGAAUUAUGGAAGAGGUGUACCUAGUAUAGAGCCUGAUGCGAGAGAAGUUGGGUCGAACGAAGUCGAAUCCAAUGAUGAAAAAUUUACGCCAGAACUAAAAGCAAAAUUACAAAACGUAGAGUAAAAA